AUGUCGCCAGAUGUCAUCCAUAUUCAUGACGAGGGAGGAGAUAAUCGGGGACGCUCACAAAUGGAGAAAGUAGCCCAACUGGCCGAGACUCCAUCCCUUCGACGUGGCAAAUACAAGCGCCCUAACUAUAAAGAAUGCGGCGAUAGCGACUCUGAAGACUCAUAUAACACUGACGAAACAAAUGAUGGAGAUAUUCCUGCAAAGAAGUCAAGCAUCAUAAAGGGGGGGGCUCCCCGGGCGUUGCGAUCCCAAGGUGACAAGCAGGAGCCAAUGAGCUCAGAACAGCAGACGCCAGUUUCCCGAGUGGUUAUAAAAAUCGGAAAAAGAAACCAUGGUGAUCACGAAUGUGAGCCUGCGAGGCCCGCAAAGCGUGGCCGGAAGCCCACAACCAAUACCGAGAUAAAAAGAUUUGAGAAGGACAUGCUUGGAUUAUUGGAGAGAUAUGCCUCCAAGGCGAAUGAUCUCGAAGCUUCUAGAUCCGAAAACCAAGACCUUCAAGCUCAAAUCAAAAUUUUAGAGUCAAAGCUCGAACAAUCACGACAAGCUCAUAAGCAGAGCGAAAUAUCGUGCAACCAAAAGAUAGCUCAGCUUAAAGAAGAUGCCCGGGACUGGAGAUGUCAGCUUGCGUCUGCCCUUGAUAAGCUCAAGAAGGACUCCGGCAAAUAUGCCAAAGUAUCAGAUUCAGAGAUUAAGGAGAAAUGGAUGGUAUUGUCUUAUAAUAUUCGCGGUCUGGUCUCUCAAUACCUUACUGCGAAACCCAGUGAUCAAGAUGUACAUCUCAAAUCGCUGGUGAUGGGGCACCGGCUCCACUCCACUCAAGAUAUUUCAACUUUACGCGCCAGCAUUCUUCGACGAAAGAUAUGGACAUAUUUGAUUUUCGCUGUAUUUUCAGGAAGAGAGUCUAUCUGGCAGGGGAAUAUUGGUGCUACUUUGACAUACUUUCUGUCUACGAAUAAUUAUCAUCACACUAAAGAUGUUUACUACCUCCAGGUCAUCAGUCAGAUUAAGGCCAGAGCGGUCUCAGACCUCAGUGAAGAGUUCCAUCUCAACAUGCAAGUUAUGGAAGCGUCCAUUGACAAAAUGACGGAUGGAGUUUCUCAUUUUAUACCAAAAUCGAAGGUGAAAUUAUUCAGGAAAGAGAUGCAAAAACUGAUUAUAACGGCGGUAGAUCUCCAUUCCAUCAUGAUGAAGUCAAAGGCAAUCUUCUUCACGGAGUGGAUUGGAGACGAUGGUACCAAAAAAAUCGUUCCUUAUGACCAGACGAAAAUGACAUCUAAUCAAUGCGGCAAAGACUUUGAUAUAUCCAGUUCAUUUGUUAAGUAUGUCGAGGCGCCUGGCCUGGUGAAGAUUGGGAAUGCGGACGGAGAGGAUUUUGACACCAGCAUGGUGCUUUGCGAAGCUUCGGUGAUACUUCAAGAAGAUGACGCUGAUAUCGACAAGAAAGAUGAAGGAGAUAAAAAGUGA